AUGGCGUCCAAUGCGCAACCGACGAAAUCCAGAUGGGGCGUUGGAGCCUUUCUUCAGCAAGCUGUAUCCGGAGUAGAAUCUCGACUGGACACAAUCCUAGCGAAUGAAGACGAUAUACCAAGAACCUCAUCUGCUAAAGCAGAAGAUGCAGCUUCGAAAGCUACCCCCGCUACUGGGAAGCCAGUUCCCGGAGUUUCUCGGACCUCCUCAAAUGCCCGAAAAAAUGAUCGCUUACAGGAGCGCCUGGCAAGGGCCAUGGCUAAAUCACAGAGCCCCGUAGGCUCUAGCAGUCCUCGAUCGUCCGUUGAAGUACCGUCUCGUUCGUCAACGCCUCUGCUAAACAAUGAAACUCGCGCCAGUCUAGAUAGCACGAGAGCUAGCUUCGACCAAUUAAUACCUAGUGGCGGAAGCAAGGAAGGCUCUACCUCUGCCGUGGCAAGGGAUAGUCUUGAUUCGAGUAGUCUGCCGCGGUCCUCCAAGGAUUCACCAGUAGCUGGAAAUAUCCUGGACAAUAGCAAUCAAGAAGGGGGAAGUGACGAGCGUGAAAUAUCCGAGUCGAGGAUCGACGAUGUUACGAUUAAUAAUGACGCUAGCGAACCUCCGGGAAUCGUAUUACAGGCUGAAGGCGCAGAGACGCUAUCUCCAGCUCCAGACAACGCUUUAGAGGAGCUCCAGGCGGAACACAAAGCCGCUGAAUCCAGAUGGCAAGAAGAAAUGCACGAAUACAUUGAGAAAAUUGAUGCUCUGCAGUCGAAGCUGAAGUACCUAGCCAAGGAAGCUGCGGACUCGGCACGGGAUGCGGCCUCUGCUGCAAAACCUGGCAGUAUUGAAAAGCAGUUGUCGGAGAAGGACGAGCGCAUUGCACUCUUAAUGGAGGAGGGACAGAAAUUGUCAAAAACAGAGUUAGACAACAGAACUGUUAUCAAGAAGUUGCGACAGCAGCUAGCAGAGAGCAACAAAGAAGAAAACGAUAUGAAGCGGCGCGCAGCUAAAUUAGAACGGAAUGUUAGCGAUGCCGAAGCAAGAGCAAGACGAGCAGAGGCGUCAGAGAAGAGAGCACAGGAGAGCUUGAACUCACAGUCAAAGGCUUCCAAGGAGCUCGAGGCUGUCACUUCUGAACGAGAUGCUUUGACAACAACAGUAGAAGAAUUAACAAGCCAGCUAGAAAGAGCAGUUUCUCGCGCCGAAUCCGCGGAAUCUAAAGCCCAGACCGAAGCUCUGGAGCAGUCGAAACGCCGCGUUACGGAAUUGGAAGAUGACCUGUCAAGUGUCAAGAUAGAAAGAGAACUCAGCGAAGAGAAAAUGAAAAGAGAAAUUCGAAGCCUUCAGGAUAGUUUGGAACGGGAGAAGGAAAAUGCCCGUGUGUUGGAAGCGGAACUCAAGGGCGAGCAAUCAGCAUUAGAAAGCAAAAUGGAAAGCUUUCGCACAAGAGCCGAAGAAGCCUCCUCAAGUACAGCUGGUGAAACACAGGCUAAGUUGCUUCGUCAAAUCGAGACGUUACAGACACAAUACGCUGUGGCUAGUGAGAAUUGGCAAGGUAUUGAGAGCUCUCUGAUAUCGAGGGUAAACGAAAUAGAGAAGGAGCGCGAUGAAAUUGCUCGCAAGGAGGCAGAUCUACGACGGAAAGUUCGAGAAGUGAAUAUCAAAGCACGAAGGGCAGAGGAUGAGCUUGAAACUGCGCGGGAGACGAUCGAAGAGUUAGAUCGCUCACUCCAAGAGACCAGGCAACAGUUACAAAAACUUCAGCAGAGAGUGCAGAAAUCAGAAGAAGAGCUCGCUACUGUUCGCAAAGAGGCAGCAGACAAGGAGAAGUCUACCGAAGCUUUGUGGACCCAAAAACUUGAAGAAGAAAGGGCAAGAUGGAGAGACCAUGUCGUUUCACCACCCCCUUUUCUUCAAGAACCCCGGACGACGUCGCCCGUUGCUUUGAGCCGCAGAUCAACCGGCCUUGAUCCUCUUAGCAUUGACAGUCGUCCACUAAGCCGUCGUUCAUCCACACUUCCAUCUCAGGCAGACAUAUUGACUCCUUCGCGGACGAACUCUUUCCCAUCCUUCCAAAACAUUGGCUCCCCGAACCCCUCGAGCGGCCUUCCUAACCCUAAUUUGUUAGGUGCACCGCCCAUUCACACCUUGGAACCAGAUGAAUAUUAUAACGGAAGUCCCGCAACGCCAUCGGCUUAUGGAGCACAGACAGCCCACUCCCGCGGAAACGGGAUAAAUGAAAUAAUAUCUGUCUCAACGGUUGGUGCCGGGCCUUCAGUACAACUUGUUGAGCGUAUGAGUGCAACAGUUAGACGACUCGAGAGCGAGCGUGCUGCUACAAAGGAUGAACUUGAACGCAUCACAGCACAGCGAGAUGAGGCUAGAAAGGAGGUCGUCGAAUUGAUGCGCGAGUCCGAAGAAAAGCGUAAAGCAGAUGCCCGUAUAUCAGAACUGGAGAUGCAGACUGUACAACUAGAUCAACGCUACCAAACCACACUUGAGCUCCUUGGAGAGAAAAGCGAACAAGUUGACGAGCUUCAAGCCGACAUCGCCGACCUCAAGAAAAUAUAUCGCGAGUUAGUUGAUAGCACCAUGAAGUGA